AGCCCUAGAAAUUCCUCGAGAGUGAAAGUGCAUUUAUCCUCAAUGAAUUAAAUUUGCUAAUUAUCGUAAUAUGAAAAUUUGUUGUGUGUAAAUUAGAAUGAAUCCGAGUGUGUGACUCGCGGUGAUCCCGAAUAAUAAAAAUUCAGAUAAUUCCCCGACUAAUCGAAUCGGAGUGCGAAUAAAUAAAUUAAUUUUCAAUAAGCGUCUGUUAAUCUUGACCACGGGAUAAAUUGCUUUUUAAUUGGAUGAAACUAAUGGCUAUUGAGAACGAAUUAAUCCGUGGGAACAAAGAGAGCCGCGAUAAAGUCAUUGUCAAGCAGUUGAUAAGGCAUUGCGCAUUUAAUUACUGAGUGCGGUAUCAGUGCAGAAGUCUGGUAUUAAAUGAAUUGCGCGAGUGAUUGUCACCCGAGGAGUUUAAAAUCGAGGCUUACCGCUGUUAAAUGAGUUUUGCAUUUCCAAAUACAUUGUCGUCUCUAACCUAAAAGUUCUUUGCCCUCGACUGGAUGCAGUUACAGUGGUGCAUACACUAUUCUCGCUAGCACUGGAAACAACCUGUGGCACCGAUGCUAUCGCUAUUUUAACCCGUAAACAAAAAGAUAAGAGCAGAGCUUGGAAUCCUUUGAGGAUUAUUCAUUAGGGCAAUAUACUCGCAUUAUCAUUAAUUUUUUUAUUUCGAUCAAAUGGUUGUCUCUCGAUUAUUGAAUAUAAUCAGCACGAAAGGAGAUGCACGUGCGAAAAAUGAGGUGCCAUCAGCGAAAAAGACAGUUUCCGAGAAUGCUAAACUCGAUGCAACUUCACCCCCGACCGACGACGAUUUGGAGCUGUGGGAUCACUCCGGGUUCAUGCUGAGGAGUGACUUCGACGACCACCUUACGCACUCAAAGUGGGGAGCGCAAGGGUGGUGUCGCCCCAGCUGCAUACCCAUCAGUAUAAUCCUCAUCCUGAUCGUCCUGGUUGUUCUCCUACCCCUCCUAGAUCACACAGAUCACAAACACCUCAACAACUGGAGAAAUGAAUCAGAGUUCAUGUGCAUGAGCAGUUGCAAGAUAUCACUGGUGGAGUCAAUACCCGUUGGCAUGGUAUACGAUAACAAUUCCGUUGUUCACAAGAGUACUUAUCUCACAUGGAUGGAUCUUAUAAACUCGGCCGAGAGCACCAUUGAAAUAGCUGCCCUCUAUUGGACCAUGAAAAGAGAGGAUGUCUAUCCUGAUGACAGCGCUAGAUACGGAGAGUACGUUUUCGAUGCCCUGGUCGAUGCCGGUAGACACCGAGGAAUUUCCAUAAAAAUCGCACAAAACGCUCCUACUCAAUCAAAUCCUAACUUAGACAGCGAAUACCUAGCAAAAAAAGCCCACGCCGAGGUAAGGAGUUUGAACUUUGCGGGAUUACUAGGAGGCGGUGUUCUUCACACGAAAUUGUGGCUGAUUGACCGUAACCACGUGUACGUCGGCUCAGCGAAUAUGGACUGGAGAUCUCUGACGCAAGUGAAAGAGCUCGGUCUCGUCGCCAUGAAUUGUUCGUGCCUUGCUAACGAUCUUGCCAAGAUAUUCGAGGUUUAUUGGCAACUAGGAAAGGAGGGAAAAGUACCUCCAAAUUGGCCUGACUCACUCAGUACAAAAAUCAAUGUUAAUAGAACGAUGAAUUUCACGCUAGAUAAUAAUAGAUAUAAAAGUUUUAUCGCUAGCUCACCACCACCGUUAUCCCCAAAAGGACGUACAAACGACAUCGAUGGAAUUCUCCACUGCAUCGAGAAAGCCGAGAGAUUUGUCUACAUAUCAGUAAUGGAUUACUUCCCCCUGACAAUCUACACAACGAAAGUAAAAUACUGGCCAGUGAUUGAUGAUGCCCUACGAUCAGCUGCUAUCGACAGGCGAAUCACAGUGAGACUGUUGAUAUCCUGGUGGAAGCACUCGAGAGAAUCCGAGGACAGUUUCCUCAAGUCAUUGAUCGAUCUCACUAAUUCGUACAAAAAUGUUAAAAUCGAAGUUAAAAGAUUUAUCGUACCAACCAACGCAGAACUGGACAGAAUUCCAUUUGCACGAGUGAAUCACAAUAAAUAUAUGGUGACAGAUAUUGCCGCGUAUAUUGGCACUAGCAAUUGGUCUGGCGAUUAUUUCAUCAAUACUGCUGGUAUUGGAAUGGUGUUUGAGGAUGCUGACCACAACAAUAGCCACAGUAUUCGUCAGCAGCUUGAGGAAAUAUUCCUCAGAGACUGGAAUUCCCCCUACGCUCAUUCCAUGAAUGCAUCGUGCUUCAAUCGUCUGGACGAACAGACAAAGCCGAAAAUCAAUCAUUUCAUGCAGUUCCAGAGUCACCACAUCAGAGCGUAGCUGUACAGCCAUCAGAUUUUAUAUUAUUUCAAGUAGAUUUUUUUUACUCAUCCCAGCGUUAAGUUUGCAUCUAUAAUCGAUAAGUGAUUUAAUUCAGUGGGGGAGUGAUUGAAUUCAUUCUUCAAUAGUCAUUGAUGAAUGAUUUAUUCUAUCUCUUGAGAAAAUUCCCUCAAUAUUUUCUAUUCGAGAUUUCACAUUGGACUCAAUUAAUUCUUCCACUUCACCAGUGAAUUAAUGGAUUUAUAUAAAAGGCUGUUUACCAUUGGGCAAUUUCCGCCUGAAAUAAUGUAAAAAAAAAUGCGACAAACUUGCAGCAAUUUGUAAAUCACUACAAAUGCCCAAUUCACGAGUAUUUCAUUGUAGUUGAUCGAUAAAGUUUGCUCAUUCCUUUCAUGCUAACGUUGCGACUUCGAUUGUAGAGAGCGAGAUGUAAAUUUGAAAUUGAGUCACGUAUAAACAAAACGAUGACGAACAAACUUUCAAGCGUAGUUUGUUAGCUACACCAAGUCUAUGAUAUUAACACAUUUUAAUCAGUAAUUACAGUAUCAUCAUGUUUCGAUUAGCCUUUAUUAUUUUGGAAAUUCUUCCUGAAUUUUGAUCGAUUUAUAUUCAUUUAUGCCUGAGACGUAAAAGCCUGAGGUAGAGAUUAAAUUGGAAUAAAAGAAUUGAGACAAGAGGAGGGACACGAUUUCAGUGUUUUCAUAGUACAAGGUCUUUACUUUUGUUUGCUCUGCUGGUAAUAUUUGAGUUUAAAAAUGGACAAGAGGAUGUGUUCCCUGUGGGAAAAUAUAUCUCUCAUGAACAAUGACAACGAAUAAAGCAGACGAGACUCCGCCAGAACGUGAAAAAUACGAGGAUCAUGCUUUGUAAAUAGAUUUAAAUUUAAAUAAUGGGCCUUGAAGAGAUUGAAACUUUGAAUAUAUUUUUACGAGUCUUUUCAACAAUUGGAAGAAUCUGAUGAAUCACAUCCCAAAUAGUUAACGAUGUGUAAAAUUUUGUUUCGCAAUAUUUAGAUUUCAAAUGGCGUUUAGAAGGAUUUGUUGUUCCUAAUUUGGUUAGACAAUUGCAUUAGUUCCCAUGAAUUCUACAUCAAUUAUGUCCGCCGACAAUUGUUAAAAAUGUCUUCUGAGCCGCUGUUGAGGAACAAUUCAAUGGCAAAAAUAGAAAAAAAAA